CUGAAGAAAACCACUCUAGUUAAAGUGAAGUUUGAAGACAUUAAGAACUGGUCUGACCUCAUAACUCCUCAAGGGCUGAUAGGAAUCUUUUCCAGACCUGACCAUGCCAAGAUGACAUACCCAGCUGUCCAGCUACAGAAUUCACUGCCCCUGUCCCUUAUCUGUGACAAUCUCCGUGAUCCAGGAAACCUGGGGACUAUACUGAGAUCUGCAGCUGGAGCAGGCUGCAGCAAAGUGCUGCUCACCAAAGGCUGCGUGGAUCCUUGGGAGCCCAAAGUGCUUCGUGCAGGCAUGGGGGCUCACUUCCGCCUGCCCAUCAUUGCCAAUCUGGAGUGGGAAUCUAUUUCCAACUAUCUUCCCACAGACACACAGGUCUAUGUGGCCGACAGCCAUGACCCAAGAACAGAGGACAAGAUGGAGGAUGUGUCGGGAAAGGCCCACAGCUAUGGUUGGGUUUCCAGACCUCACAACUUGAAGGCUCAGAUAGGCAGAGAGGACUUGGCUUUUGAUUCAGAGAGCGAAGAGGAGGAGCAGGGAACAGACGAGGCCUGGAUCCCAGAACUUGACAUUCAGUGUUACCACAAGAACUGGACAUUGGCUCCAGCAGCAGCAGUGGUGAUUGGUGGGGAGACUCAUGGUUUGAGCACAGAAGCACUUCGGCUAGCAGAGAGCACGGGGGGGAAGAGACUGAUUAUUCCUGUGGUCCCAGGCGUGGACAGUUUGAACUCAGCCAUGGCCGCGAGCAUCCUGUUGUUUGAGGGGAAGAGACAAUUGCAGCUGAGAGAGAAGCAAGAGGGCAAAGGACAGAAGUUCCCUGCCUUGGGCUGAACUGUGCAGGAGCCCAUUCUGCACAGAAAGCGCUUCCUCUUCUGUAUGUUCUCAUGCAGGCAGCUUGCAGAGGAAUCAAUAAAAUUACAGCACUGCUUUGGGCCUGGUCCCCUCCAGGACAAGCCAGCAAACUGUCCAUUGUAUCUCUUAAAACUACUCGUGGUGGAGGUCCUACUGCAGGUGCUGUAGUGGAGGGCAGCAGCUGGUGGUAUUUCCCUCCCCUUUCCCAUAAUCCUGGGCCCUGUGUUUCUAGGCUUACACAAAGAAACAUGGUGAAGAAUGUGAAAGCAUCGACAGCUGUUUGUGUUCAUGGUAAUAGCUUAAAUCAGUUCAAAAGCUCCCUUCCCCCACUUGCUCCUAAACCUGUGGUCACUGCCAUCAGCAGGGAAGGCAAGAGAAGUAGCACAUUGGAGGGAUGCAGAGUGCUGACAUUUGAAAAGGUGCAACCUACCCACAAACCUCUAUAGAUCAAGUCUGUCACGUACGCUGUUGGUCUGUGGGAAAUCUUGUUACCCUUGCAGCUGCAAAAUUCCUACUGUGACCUUCAUGCCCCAUCCAGAUUUGGCAAAGGAAGUGGGAGGUGAACACAGCUGCUGGGGUAGGGGACAGGAAGCUAUUCCAGUUAAUGGAGUUCCUUAGUAACAUCAACACUGGUUCAGUAAACACCAACCCUAGCAAGAGUCCAGGGACAAACCAGCAGGAUGUUAGCCCUUAGAGCAGACAAACAUGGUGGAGGUACGUGUGCGUGAUACAGACUCAUCUGGGUGACGCUUUGUGGCACAAGUAGGGUGGUAUGCUGUCCCUGCACAGACUGUCAGUUUUCCAGUUCUUGGCUAGAGUUUAAUCCUCAGUGUUAGUUCCGGGCAUUGUGUUCAAAUUUAAGUCAGAAGUUAAGCCUUCUGCCAGAAGAUGGCAGUAUUUGUCAUGAAUGCAGCCUUGUGGGGAGCAGAGUUGUUCCUAGGCCACCCCGGCACAGAUUUAAACUCUGAAGGGGGUGGAGGGGUGUGAAGGAGAAGAAGAAAGAGGAGGUGAGGAGGGAAAGAACUGUAGAAUGAGUCCUAUUCUAUGGGAAAUGUCUUGGGUUCUUCCCCAUCCAGCAGACAGGCUCUGGGCUGUGCCAGAGGAGAAAUUCAAAAAUAGACUCUCUAUGAGCUCAGCCGCUCCUGGCCACCUCCUUCAAUCUGGGAGCAAGAGGUUCUAUGGUGGCAGGACAAUGUGCAGUAAACCUGGCCCUGGGUGAUCACAUGCCGGUGGAAUGAGGCUCCCCACGCUUGAUCAGGUCCUGGCACAGAGCAGCAGCAGGAGUGAGUGCAGGAAGCCCUUUGGGAACUACGCCCCUUGGUGCCCUACACUAUUUCAUAGGAUCAUAGAAGAUUAGGG